AUGAAGAUCUGGGUGGAGCCUGCUGGAGAACCAUGGUUGAAACCAGGAGGUGUGAGGAAGUAUUCCUGUCCACUCACUAUCGACAUGAACACAGUGGACAGAAAACUUAAACUGUCUGACAACAACAGGAAGGUGACACGUGUGAAGGAGAUUCAGUCAUAUCCUGAUCAUCCAGACAGAUUUUACAGGCCUCAGCUGCUGUGUGGAAAUGUUCUGACUGGUCGCUGCUACUGGGAGGUCGAGUGGAGAGGAGAUGUUGAUAUAUCAGUGUGUUAUAAAGAAAUCAGGAGGAGAGGAGACAUCAGAGACUGCUGGUUUGGAUUCAAUGAUCAGUCCUGGAAUCUAAAAUGUUCUGAUGAUGAAGGUUACUCUGUCUGGCACAAUAACAGAAAAGCACCCAUCUCCUCCUCCUCCUCCUCCUCCUCCUCCUCCUCCUCUGUCUCUAACAGAGUAGCAGUGUAUGUGGACUGUCCUGCUGGCUCUCUGUCCUUCUACAGAGUCUCCUCUGACUCACUGAUCCACCUCCACACCUUCAUCACCACAUUCACUCAUCCUCUCUAUGCUGGUUUUGGGUUCUGGUCCUUGUCUGGUUCCUGGAUGUCUCUGUGUUGAGUGUAAAGAGUUUGAUCGUGUCAGAGAAACUCUGACUGGUGAACAGAUAGUUCAGUCUGUACAUGUCUGUCUCUUUCACUCAGAAACAUCUUUUCAGAUUCAACCAGUUUCU